GGCACGCCGGUAUAUCAACGCCGCAAUCAUUCCAACGCAUUGCAAGUUGCUAGUUAGUUGCUAUGUUGUAGCUAUUAGCACGCUAGCCAUUCCUUCGCUGGGUGGGAGGCCCGCCGUUUAAGUUGGGAUAAAAGACGAAUUUCCAUUUAUUUAUAAUACCUAAAACAGCACCGAAUUGUUACUCAACGGAUAUCUCAUUGGAAAGUUGGAGGGUUUUUCCCCAUUUCCCACCCUCUUUAUCCAUUAGCUUCGCCAGCUAGCUAGCUAGCUAGUUAGCAGCUAACGCCCUAGCCUUCGGUUCUUGCCCCCACCGCCCUCUCAGCGCGAACCGUCAACCUGCCCGGCUGGAGCGCCAUGGCCAUGAGACAGACUCCCCUCACCUGUUCUGGUCAUACCCGACCUGUGGUGGACUUGGCCUUCAGCGGGAUCACUCCCUAUGGCUACUUUCUCAUAAGCGCCUGCAAAGAUGGCAAGCCCAUGUUGCGCCAGGGGGACACAGGAGACUGGAUCGGAACGUUUCUGGGUCACAAAGGUGCUGUCUGGGGAGCCACUCUGAACACCGAUGCCACCAAGGCGGCCACUGCCGCGGCGGACUUCACGGCAAAAGUGUGGGACGCAGUGAGUGGCGACGAAGUCCUCACGUUGGCGCACAAACAUAUUGUCAAGACUGUCACCUUUACUCAGGACAGUAACUGUUUAUUGACUGGGGGAAAUGAUAAGCUUCUGCGCAUCUAUGAUCUCAGUAGCCCAGAUGCAGCACCACAGGAGAUCGCCGGUCAUACCUCACCCAUCAAGAAGGCCCUGUGGUGUAAUGACGACAAGCAGAUUCUGUCGGCAGCAGAGGAUAAAACCAUAAGAUUGUGGGAUAGGACCUCCAUGGAGGUGGUGAAGACACUGACUUUUGACACGUCAGUGAGCAGCAUGGAAUAUGUGCCUGACGGGGAAAUUCUCGUGAUCACCUACGGAAAGACGGUCGCGUUCUACAACGCUCUGAGCCUGGACCCGAUCAAGUCUGUGGAUGCCCCAGCGACCAUCAACUCGGCAUCCCUCCACCCAGAAAAGGAUUUCUUUGUUGCUGGCGGAGAGGACUUCAAGCUCUAUAAAUUCGACUACAGCACCAAGGAAGAGCUUGAAUCCUAUAAAGGUCAUUUUGGCCCCGUCCACUGUGUCCGCUUCAGUCCGGAUGGCGAGCUGUACGCUAGCGGUUCCGAGGAUGGCACACUUCGUCUGUGGCAGACGGCAGUGGGGAAAACCUAUGGCCUCUGGAAAUGUGUUCUUCCCGAGGACCUCGCGGCGGACAACUCGGAGCAGAUCUACACUUCGCCUCCUGAAAUAAAAGCCUAACCGAGAGAAGCCGGCUGCCGAUUGUGGGGGCGGGAAACGAGACGCAAGGGAGGUCGGCUCACACGGCGGUCCAGGUUUUAGCGCUAUCAGGCACCACCCCAGCAAGGAACAGAGUCAAGAGCGUCUCCAGCCGUCAAGAACCGAUGCGGACGACACGGCCGAGUUAUCCGUCAUAAAAACAUACUCAUAUUCACACAAAAACACGGGUUUAUGCAGCCAUGUAGAUAAUAAGGGCUACAGAAAAAAGCAGUAGAGCUACGAUUCGUUAGCUGCCUGCUUUCUCUUGUCCUGUGUCUGCUUAAACAUUUAACGCGCGACGCGUCGCUUAAGUUGGCUUUUGGUUGUAUUUCAUGAGCUGGACCCUGCCUUUCGUUUUCAGUUCGGUCCCGGUACCGAACCCUGUUGUGCUAAGUUGAAGAGCUUUCGUUUCAUCGCCGCUGUUGAACUAGUUAAGAAAAGGAAGAAAAGAUGAAUUGUGGAUGUCAGAUGAGUUUUUUUUUUUGGUUGUUUUUUUUUUUUUUGGGGACAAGUUGAAAGGGAAGAAAUGUCACCUUUUUCCUUUUUUUUCGGUUGUUUGUCAUCAUUAUUCAGUGGUUGAAUAAAGAAAUGUGUUGCUUAUUUUAUUUCAAUAAUCCACACAAAGCCAGUUAGGACUCGAGUUAACAGGGGUACGGAAAGUAGUUGGAUCCUCAUAAACUUUUCACUCGUUACAGUGA